AUGGACUCAGACGAGGGUUACAACUACGAGUUCGACGAGGACGAAGAGUGCAGCGAGGAGGACAGCGGCGCCGAGGAGGAGGACGAGGACGAGCCAGAUGACGAUAACCUGGAUCUGGGCGAGGUGGAGCUGGUGGAGCCCGGGCUGGGCGUCGGCGGGGAACGGGACGGACUGCUGUGCGGGGAGACCGGCGGCGGCGGCGGCGGCAGCAGCGCUCUCGGGUCCGGCGGCGGCGGCGGUGGCAGUGGCGGCGGCGGCGGCGGGCCGGGGCAAGAGCAGGAAGAGGAUUACCGAUACGAGGUGCUCACGGCUGAGCAGAUACUGCAACACAUGGUGGAAUGUAUCCGGGAGGUCAACGAGGUCAUCCAGAAUCCAGCAACUAUCACAAGAAUACUCCUUAGCCACUUCAAUUGGGAUAAAGAGAAGCUAAUGGAAAGGUACUUUGAUGGAAACCUGGAGAAGCUCUUUGCUGAGUGUCAUGUAAUUAAUCCAAGUAAAAAGUCUCGAACACGCCAGAUGAAUACAAGGUCAUCAGCACAGGAUAUGCCUUGUCAGAUCUGCUACUUGAACUACCCUAACUCGUAUUUCACUGGCCUUGAAUGUGGACAUAAGUUUUGUAUGCAGUGCUGGAGUGAAUAUUUAACCACUAAGAUAAUGGAAGAAGGCAUGGGACAGACUAUUUCGUGUCCUGCUCACGGUUGUGAUAUAUUAGUGGAUGACAACACAGUAAUGCGCCUGAUCACAGAUUCAAAGGUUAAAUUAAAGUAUCAACAUUUAAUAACAAAUAGCUUUGUUGAGUGCAAUAGACUGUUAAAGUGGUGUCCUGCCCCAGAUUGCCACCAUGUUGUUAAAGUCCAAUAUCCUGAUGCCAAGCCUGUUCGCUGCAAAUGUGGGCGCCAAUUUUGUUUUAACUGUGGAGAAAAUUGGCAUGAUCCUGUUAAAUGUAAGUGGUUGAAGAAGUGGAUUAAAAAGUGUGAUGAUGACAGUGAAACCUCUAAUUGGAUUGCAGCCAACACAAAGGAAUGUCCCAAAUGCCAUGUCACAAUUGAGAAGGAUGGCGGUUGUAAUCACAUGGUCUGUCGUAACCAGAACUGUAAAGCAGAGUUUUGCUGGGUGUGUCUUGGCCCUUGGGAACCACAUGGAUCUGCCUGGUACAACUGUAACCGCUAUAAUGAGGAUGAUGCAAAGGCAGCAAGAGAUGCACAGGAGCGGUCUAGGGCAGCCCUGCAGAGAUACCUGUUCUAUUGUAAUCGCUAUAUGAACCACAUGCAGAGUCUACGCUUUGAGCACAAACUGUAUGCUCAGGUGAAGCAGAAAAUGGAAGAGAUGCAACAGCACAACAUGUCCUGGAUUGAGGUGCAGUUCCUGAAGAAGGCAGUGGAUGUCCUCUGCCAGUGUCGUGCCACACUCAUGUACACUUAUGUCUUCGCUUUCUACCUCAAAAAGAAUAACCAGUCCAUUAUUUUUGAGAAUAACCAAGCAGAUCUAGAGAAUGCCACAGAGGUGCUUUCAGGCUACCUUGAACGAGAUAUUUCCCAAGAUUCUCUACAGGAUAUAAAGCAGAAAGUACAAGAUAAGUACAGAUACUGUGAGAGUCGGCGAAGGGUUUUGUUACAGCAUGUGCAUGAAGGCUAUGAAAAAGAUCUGUGGGAGUACAUUGAGGACUGA